AUCAAGCAAAGGCGUUCACACACCUCUACCUCCAUCCUAUCCCUCAAAACAUCACAAAACCGGCAUCGAGAACGAGCGUCGAACAAAACACCACCCUCCACCGUCGCUACCGGCUUCCUAUCAUUCGGAUGGCCCCAUCCCAUCCCUACCAGCGCCUCGACGCGCCCGACCAAACCUCCUCCACCCACCGCAAACCCCUCAUCACCCCCUGCCAGCUCAUCUCCCUCCUCUUCACCCUCCUCUUCCUCAUGCUCGUCAUCUUCCAAGCCCAAAUCCUAUCCGUGUUCGCCAAGAUCCACUUCGGCCAAUGCUCGUGCGCGCAGCCAACACGAACCGAGACCUUCCACGAGCGCGAGGAGCUAAUGAAGUUCGGCGAAGAAGGGGAUAAAGCCUGGCGGGCGCUGCUACCAGCAAACAAGGAACCGGAUAUGUGGGAGGGGGUGAUUUUCGUGGCGUUGAAUGAGACGUAUAGACUGCCGUAUGGAGUUAGCUAUCUUCAUGCGCUGCAUUGCCUAGGCGCGGUCCGAAAGACGCUACUAUAUGGGGAUUCGGGACGGUUGCAGCAUAAUGUCGAUAAGCAGCAUCAUGUGGGGCAUUGUUUGAGCUAUGUUGCGCAGCAUGUUCUCUGCUCCGCCGACGACACGAUCGAGCGCGCCUCCCCACCGAAAGACGCCGCGGGCAACUAUAUCCACCAGGCCGACGGCAUUGAGGGGAAGGGGGAGAUUCACAGAUGCCGCGACCGGUCGAAGACGGAGGAGAUUCUUGGGAAGCUGAGGGCGAUGGAGACGUUGAAAUAUCCUGGGAAGAAGGGAGAGGCGGAUACGCUGGAUGCUUUGUACGAGGAGUGUCCGGAAUGCUUUGGGGAAUGAGGGAGAGAAGGGAGGAGAAGAAUAGGCGAGACUCUGCUUUUGCUGCUCGUAUUGGCCUCCUGAUUAUGCGCAGGAACCUACAGAGAGAUACGUAGAUGAACUGAUGCUCCUUAUUUUCUAAUCUGAAUG